CUCGCCAGACUCUAGUGUAGGUUCUUGUUUGACGUUGGAACUGAUGCAUCAUUGACGGCUGCUGAAUCCACGUCACGGUGUCAGAUUCAAUGACCUGUUUGGGUAAGACAACACCAGACUGGGUUGCAACCAGCGAUAAGGAUAGAUCUUUCUUUACCGUCAAUGCAACGAGUCCAUCACACGUUACAGCACUGCCAGACUAACUUUGGAUGUGGUGUUGGUGGAGUUCUGCAUUGAAGUUCAGUCAAUCCCCAUGCAGGGUGAGCUGAGAGAACUGGCAGCAGUGCUCGGAGAUCUUCAAUUAUUCAUCUCCUCAAACAAAGACCAGGAGAAAGUGAGCACAACUGUCUAAGAGACCAAAAGACGGGCUAGAAUGCGGGUGAACAGGACUUUGUUCCAAGAAAUUUGAAAGAGAAAACCAAGAGGAACUUUCUAAAGGUACCGACUGAGAGGUUCUGUCUAAGGAUUGGCAAACGCAACAAGAACGAAGGACAGAAUUGAAAACCAAAAGAAACUUCGAGGAUUUUGCGCUGGGAUUAUUUACAGACCAAACCAAGGUCUUGAGAGCAUCUUUCAAGAAGGACUGACCAGGACUUACUACAGAGGAUUGGCAAAUGUGUCGACAAGAAGAAUUCAAGUAAACAAAACACUCCUUCAAGACAUUUGAAAUUCAAGAUCUUGUAAGAUACUUUCAAUCAACUUCUUGUAGAGGAUUCGCUAACGUGCCAAGACCAAAUACGAGAAAAUUGAAACUAAUCAAGAGUAACUUUCAAAGACUGACCAAGAACUCUUGUUCUUGGCAAUUGACUUCUAGAGAAUUGGCUAACGAGUAGAAACCGAAGGACAGACAAGAACAUUUAAAGGAAUCGAGAGUGGUUUUCAAGGUCUGACCAAGAACUCCUCUUGAGAAUUGGCAAACGUGUGAACCAAAAGAUUAUACUUCUUGUGGAGGAUUGGCCAAUGUGGACAAACAAAACAUUUUAUUUAUUUUCAAGGACUGAAAAAGAAGACAUUCUGAUAAUUGGCAAAUGUGUCCAUCACCAAAAUACGACUAAUAACCUUCCCCAAGAAAUUUUGAAUUCAACACCACAAUCUUGCAAGGAAUCUUUGAGUGACUGCAACUUCUUGCGGAGGAUUGGCAUAUGUGUCAAACUAAACUAAACAAAAUCACCUCCAAGGCAUUUGAAAUUCAAGAUCUUGUAAGAUACUUUCAAGAAACGUCUUGUGGAAAACUGGCUAACAUGCCGAGACCAAAGAACAGAAAAUUAAAUUAAGAACUUAACUAAUUAAGAGUCAUUUUCAAGGACUGACCAAGAACUCUUCCUGAGAAUUAGCAAGUGCGUCAACCAGAAAAACACGACCAAAACCUCCCCUCCAAGACAUUUGAAAUUCAAUAUCUUGCAAGUAACUUUCAAUAAACUUCUUUCUGAGAAUUGGCUAACGUGCUGAGACUGAAGGACAGACGAUACAAUUUAAAGCAAACAAAAGAUAUUUUCGAGUACAGACAACGAUCUCUUCCUGAAAAUUGGUUAACGUGUCGACCAGAGGAAUAAACCUGGACAAAGCUCUCCUCAAAGACGUUUUAAACUGAUCACCUAGGUCUUGCAAGGAAUUUUCAAGAAACUUUUCAUGGAGGUUUGGCUUACGUGCUGACACCAAAGCAAAUUCAAGAAAUCAAGGAUCUUUCGAGUGACAUCCUGCAGAGCAUUGGCCCUCUGAUCUCUAUGAGCAUAACCAUCUGAUCAAAUUAUCCACAACUAGACCACUUGCAAAACACAACCAAACUCUUCCUGAGAAUUGACAAACGUGUCGACCAGAAAACAAAUUCAAGAAAUCAAGGAUCCUUCAAGUGAAGUCCUGCAGAACAUUGGCCCUCUGAUCUCUGUGGGCAAAACCAUCUGAUCCGAUUAUCCCCAAUUGGACCUUUCGCAAACGUAAAGGUGUCUUCGAGGUUGUGGCCCGAGGAGGCGUGGUACUCAGAGGGAGGCGAGAUGGUAAACACGGGCAUGCAAUUGAUCAGUUUCACCUGUGCUGUAACUGGCUGGAUUAUGGCUAUAGCAGUGACUGCGUUACCCCAAUGGAAGGUCACGGCUUUCAUCGGCAGCAAUAUCUUGACCUCGGAGAUCGUCUGGCAGGGGAUCUGGAUGAACUGCAUCUACCAGACCACCGGGCACAUGCAGUGUAAAACCUACGACUCCAUGUUGGCUCUACCGCCUGAUAUACAAGCUGCAAGGGCGCUGAUGUGCAUUGCGAUUUUCUUGGGCUGGUUGUCCUGCACCGUUUCUUGCUGCGGAAUGAAGUGCACCACCUGUGCCGGGGAUGAUCGCCAUGCUAAGGCUGGCAUAGCGUUAUCCGGCGGGGUGCUUUUCAUCCUGACGGGACUUUGCGUCCUGGUGCCAGUUUCCUGGACAGCAAACACUGUGGUGCAGGACUUCUACAACCCCAAUGUCCCACUCCAGCAUAAACGGGAGCUCGGACAGGCUAUAUACCUGGGCUGGGCGGCUGCGGUGAUUCUUAUGAUUAGUGGUGCCGUUUUGAGCAGCACCUGCCCACAUAUAGAGCGCGGCGGGUACAGGCGUGGAUACAUAGGCCGCAGUUUUGCUAACUCCAGGCCUUCUGCUCCUGAUCCUCCCAAGCCGAUUACCAACAGCACCUUGCCUCUUAAGGAGUAUGUAUGAUUAAAAACCAAGUUGAGAUCACAUUUAAAGGUCCCGUGAAGUUUUUUAGAUGUUAGAAUCAGUAUGUUAGUUUCAAGGAUGCCUAUAAGCUAGGGUGCACCAAAUAUUUACAUGUGGAGCAGUGUUUCUCAACCACGUUUCUGGAGGACCACCAACACUGCAUGUUUUGGAUGUCUCCUUUGUCUGUCACUCCCAUCACAGGUCUUUCAGUCUCUGCUAAUGAGCUGAUGAUCUGAAUCAGGUGUAUUUGGUUAAGGAGACAUGGAAAAUGUGCGGAGCUGGUGCACCUCAAGGAACAUGGUUGAGAAACACUGGUUUAGAAGACAUAAAUUUCACCUUUUUAUUUUACGUCACCUCAUACUUCAGUUUCUCAUCAAAUCUUCUGACCAAUCAAAUGCUCUCUAGUAUCUGACAUGCCCCGCCCCCUUGUUCUCAUUUGAGCUCAACCACUCUUACUGGCAGAGCUGUGAUAAAAACAAAAUGCUACUGACUGUUUUUUUUCUAAAAGGGGGAGGGGCUAAUAUUAUGCCCCGCCCUCUCUUUGUGUGCCAGUUGAAAUUACGUCAAACACUGAAUAAAAUAUGCACAUUUUAAAGCACUUCAUGGGACUUUUAUAGGUGCUCUGAGUAGUUUUGUGUUUCAGCGGACUGAGGCAUUUCAUGGUGUGGUCAGUGUUGAGAUCAUGCCCAUAUUUGCUAUUUGAAGUCCUAAUCUGUUUGGUUUUAUUGUUUGUAUUUGUGCUGCUUGUGUUUGGAUUGAUAGAUUGCAUACAUGUGGGUCAAAGACGAAACGUUUUAUUUGGUUCUCAGCAUCAAAACUGACUCUAUACUGUGUAUACACAUACAGUUGAAGACAGAAGUAUGAGCAUAUUUACUAAUAUUUCCCAGAGCAAGCACAUUUCUCACAGUAUUUUCUGUCUGGAGAGAGCCUUAUUAUAAUAUUAAUAAAAUAAUAAUGUUUUUUUUCCCCAAUUGUCUACAAAACAAACAAUUGUUGUCCACUGACUUGCCUAUUUAUCCUAAUUACGGCCUUAAAAUGCACUUUAAACGGAAUACUAGUAUCUUUAAAUUAUUAUUUGUCAGCUAUUUCCCAAAUGCUGUUUAACACAGGAGGGCUUUUGUUUUAUUUAUUGUAUUUUUAUUGUUGUGAUGCAUGAAAAACACUUCCUCUUUGACCCAUGUAUGUGCUGCUGUUCUUUAAUAUGUAUAUUGCAUUUAUUCUUAUUUAGUUUGGAUUGCUUUUCUUUGUGUACAUGUAUAUCAAGUGUAUUUUUUGCAUCAUUAGUUUCAUUUGAAAGUAUUUUUCUAGUUCAACCAGGCCUGGCGCUACAUGGGGGGCCAAGGGGGGCAUUGCUCCCUCAGAAAGAAUUUGUGCCCCCCCCAGUUUUCAUAAAGGAUUAGUUCACUCAAAACUGAAAAUUCUUUCUGUCAUUAAUUACUAACACUCCUGUUAAAAAGCAAUUCAAUUAUGAAAAUUGUGAAAUUAACGCAAUAGUCCAGAGAUCUGGUCCCCGUGUUAGGUCAGGGUGUGCCCGUAUAUAGCUGGCAGAGGCUCACUCUAACCUCACACGGGAGAAAACUGGACUAGUGGAUGAGAUGAAAGAGAGCAACCUAAUUCAUUUCAUGUUUUGGUUAAUUUAUUCUUUAAAUACAACUCUCUCGAGCUCCUGAAGGGAAAAAGUGCAAAAGAAAUUUGCAGUUAAAUUAAUUUGAGCAGAGACGGAACUGACAGUCAUUUUUACAUUAAGUUUUCAGUUCGGGAUUAAUAUUAGAGUAGCCUAAUAAAUCAUUUAGUUGGACACUGCACAUUCCCACAGUAGUCUACACCAGUGUUUCCCAACCCUGUUCCUGGAGGCACACCAACAGUACAUAUUUUGGAUGUCUCCCUUAUCUGACCCAUUAACUUCAGGUGUUGGAGUCUCUUCUGAUGUUAUAAGUUGAUUCAGGUGUGUUUGAUAAGGGAGAGGUUGAAAAUAUGUACUGUUGGUGUGCCUUCAGGAACAGGGUUGGGAAACACUGCUCUACAUAUAAUUAAUAUUAUAAUUUAUGAUAUUCAUUAUUAUUAAUAUUAUUAAAAUUAAGCUAAAAUUGAUCAAACGCAGAUCGAUUUUGAAUGUUUCCUUUCAUUUUGACAUCGCUAAAGCGCACCUUAACAGUUGUGAAAAGAAACAUCUCAUUAUGCAGCAUCGCUGCCUUCAUUGAUCAAAUCAGUAAUAGCGAAACUGCAUAUUAUUAUCACCUUAAAAAGUAUUUUACUGCCUUAGGUCAGUAACUUAGGCAGUAACGCCAAGUAAUAAUAAAAAAGUGAAUAAAUAGCCUGAAUGAAAGGAACAAGAGCGACCAAAAUCAGUCAUCAAGUCUAGUGCUCCCCAUGGGGUUAAAAUGCCCCCUCAGUUAUGACAUCCUGGCGCCGGGCCUAAAUUCAACCAUUGUUAAUUAUUUGACUUUAAAUUUUUAGCACUUUUAAUUAAAACAGUUUAGCAGCUAGACUAAUAAUGUUUGAAUGGUAAUUUUCUACUAUAGGGUUCUAGAUUUACUCAAGCAUUUACUUCCUUCAUUCUUUACCCCUUUUCCCUCUGUAUUACUGUACAUUCUUAUGCGAGGUACUUUCAUAUUUAUGAAUCCUGAUUAGUUUCACCGUGUUUAAUUUAGUUUUAUAUUCUAAUAGUAUUAACUUUGAUCACGAAUGCCCAUUUUGCAGUGUUUUGUUUUGUAAAUGGUAUUUUUUUGUAGACACUGUUGUCCUUAGACACAGUACACUUACACUCAGUAUAUCUGAUUGCUGUUCAUUGUGAUUAAUCUGUAUUCAUUUAUUUAUUGAAAAUGUGUGUAUUUGAACCAUUUGAGCAAAGAAUAAAUGUAAAAGAUUGAG